GUGUAACCGAUCAAUCAUAUGUUUUUAUACUUAAUUUCAAACCUUGCUUUUAUUGAAUUGCUUCAAGUUUACUAUUUAAUUACGUGAUUUCAAUUAAUUUGGUUCUUAUUUAUUUGAUCUUAACGCUAUCAUGGUUCGUUUAGGGCUUGGAAGUGACCUUUAUAACGGUGAAAUGUGGGAAAACCUUUUACUUACGGAUCCUCGACUCGAGAAGCUUUCUGGUAAUUUGAAAAGCUUCUUUGAUGGUAAAAGAGGUGCUGCCAAUUUAAUCACUUUUGAUGACAAUUUACUUUGCAUCUGGGACAAUCAAGAACAACAAAUCUACUGCCUUGUUAUGAAAGAUUUUAAGCUAGUUAAUGUCCAAAACUUGAUGCCAACAAACGCACCUUUAUUUGAUGUGGACGCUUUGGUUAUGUCGCCUGAUGGCAGACAUCUUGCUCUUCAAGGACCAAGAGGUAUCAAUAUAAUGGAAUUACCUAGAAAAUUUGGUUCUCAAAAUUCAUACGAAAGUGGAAAAAGCUCAAUCCUUUGCAGGACCAUUGGCCUUGCUGAAAGAUUUUUUGUCUGUAAUCAGCAAAUUGCAAUUUUGGAGACUCGUUGGCAUCCAGGAUCACCCUCAGGAUCAUCUCAUAUUGCAAUCCUUACCAAUGAUGAUUGUAUUCGCAUUUAUGAUAUUUCAAGCCCACAUAUAUGUUUCCAAGAAAUUAAAUUAAGCGAUCCAUCUAAUUCAGAGGUGAAAUAUUCUUCAUACAAGUUUGCCUCAUCUCUUGGUCAAAUUGCAGUUAGCUUUGAUUUUGGUCUACCAAUUGAUAAAAGGCUCACCAAACAAGACAACAGCAAUGAAACUUUUGCCUCUUCAGCAAGUGCAGCUACAUCUCAAGCAAAUACAGCAACAAACACAACUCUGAUUGAAGAAGAUUCCUGUAUAUGGCCAAUUUACGUUCUUAAAGGAAAUGGUGAUGUUUUGCUUGUCUAUAAUGAUCUUCACAAUACUUACUUAUCCAAACGGAUUUUGGGUCCAUUGACAAUGAGACCACCGGCAGAAGAUAAUUACGGUGUCGAUGCUUCCAGUAUCAUUUGUCUUGAUUGUGCACCAACACUAUUGGCUAUUGCCACCUCAUCAGGAAUGAUUUACCAUUGCUUAGCAUUGGAUAAUCCAGAGGUGAUUGAUGAUAAUGGAGAAACUGGUCAAGGUCUUGAAAUUCGUUCAAGUACAUUUAUUGGACAAAAUGAUGAUUUGCUUCUCAAUCUUGCAGAUGAAACUGUUUCAUCUCUUGUUUCAAAAUCCCGUUACCCCAAUGCCUCCAAUAUCAACCCAGGCUUAUCCCGUUUAUUCACCAAUCCUCCAACACUGUUUGUCGUUGAAAGUUUAGAGCUAGUUUUAACACUUACUUCAGUCAAUGAUCAAGAUGACUCUUCGCCUUUACGCCUAAUCCGUCCUGCAGCCAAUCCUCAAAUAUACUUUUGCUCUCAUGAAGCCGGUGUUCACAUCAUCAACAUACCUUUUCUUAAUCGACUCAAAUCAUGUGAAUUCUCUUCUCUCGAUGAUAUUGAACAAAGCAUCAUUGAACAUCUAAUUUGCACAAAACCCAUUGCAGCACCAAGCUCAUUCGUUCCAAUGUGCAUUCCCUUAGGUGUUGCUCUAGUAGCACGUCGUGGCUUCUACUCUGUUGCUGUGCUACUCUCAACCGGUGAAAUACUCACUCAAAGGUUGUCAUCAGUUCACUAUAAAUAUGUUGGAUUCACCGAUGAACCUGAAUCUAAAUCAAAUCUGGACGACUCAAUUAGCUUUAAUGUGCACAUCAAUCAAAUCUUGAAAAGAUCAAUGAAUGCUCCUCACAUCAAGUCCGAGUCCAACAAGGAACCAAGUAAAUCAGAUUGUCUCCAAAUGUUGCUCAAUACAACCGAUAUUUUAAGAAAAGAAUAUAUCGCUCGAAUGGAAAAGGCGACCGAAGUUUUGGUCAAACGAGCGUCAACUUUAAUUGCCAAUAAAAAGCUACAAUUGGAAGAGAUUGAAAAACUUUCAAGUGAAAAAGAUUCCAUAAUUUCAGAUAUUAAUGCAACCAGCAUCAAGUUUGACGAAACAUUGGAAAGGCAAGAGAAACUUUCUCAGCGAGUUGAAAGAAUUUUGGAAUCCAUGCAAUCCCAUCAAAACCAUUUAUCGGAAGCCGAACGAACCUGUCAAAAGGAAUUGGAUGAGAUAAGCCAAUCAAUUGAUCGCUAUUGUAACCGUUUGGAUCAAGUUAGGUUAAAGUUUAAAUAUCAAAAUGAAUUAAAAGAAAGCGAAGCCACCAAAGGUAAAGGAGAAGAUGAACGAAAAAUGAAGUCUUCCAUAAUUUCCCAUCAAGUAGUUGGAGUUAAAAAAAUUUUAACCUCACAAAGCGAAGCUAUUCAACAACUUGUAAGCCAAGUAAAUGGAUUGAAACAACACUUUUCCCAGAUCAAAUUGUUAACAUGAUUAUGUGUUCAUCUGAAUAGAUGAUAUUUCCUAAUAAAAAGAUGAUUUUUCAUUUUUUUACAAAUUGUAGGCUCGCUCAAAGCCAAGCAAGUAAACUGUGAAACAGCAAAAAAACCAUUUUUUACUCAACAAACAAAAGUUGAAAUUUUUGAAAAAUUGUUGUUUCCCGUGAAAAUGAGAAAAGGCGAAAAAAAUUUUACCCAAUCUUGAUCUCACUCCUUUAUUCCCUUCUUCAACCCUUUAACUUCAUUAUUAUUAAUACAAAUUUACACAUGUAAUAUGCUGUAACAUUUCUUAUAAAACAA